AUGAAUUUAAAAACUUAUACUAAAUUUAAUAAAAAUCAAAUACAUAAUAUUAUCAGAUUUUAUUCAAACAAUUCAAAAAGAGAACAAUUGUCAGUUGAAAGAGAAUGGUGGAAACCAAAUAAAGAUUUAUCUUUAAUUUUAGAAAAGUCUAAACAAGAAAAAAAACCAUUAUUUGUUUUUUUAGAAGGUAUUAGCGGAAGUGGUAAACAACAAUUGUUAGAAAGAUUAUCGAAUACAGGUUAUAAGACUAUUUCAAAUACAUUCUUUAAGGAUUCAUCAAAUUUAAAAGAUACAAAUUUUUCCAAUCAUUUUGAUAGCAAUUUAAAAUUGUCAAUCAAUCAAUUAAAUAACAGCAAUUUAGAAUCAAUUAAAAAUAAUUUAGUUUUUGUUCAUAGAUCACCAAUAAGUUCAAUAGUAUAUAAUAAUAUUAAUAAUAAAGAAUUAUUUUCAUUAAUAAAAGAUCAAAUUUUAAAAGAAAAAGAAAACCAAAUUAAUAAUGAAAUUAAUAGUGUCUACAUUUAUUGUAAAACACCAAUAGAAUUGGUGGAACAAAGAUUGGGUGGAAGAUAUCAUUUCUAUGAUGAAAAAGAAUUAGAUUUAUUAGAAAUUUUAAAAAUUCAAGAUAAUCAAGAUAGAUCCGUCGAAAUUUAUGAACAACUUUUAGAAAAUAAUUUAAUCUUUAAUCAAACUUUAGACACAACUUCCAUUAAACAAGCUUGUCCAAGUCUUUUAGCUUUAUUUAAUAUUUAUUUUAAUGUUUUAAAUUUAAAAAAUAAAUUAUAA